AAUACCUCCAGAAUAUGGACACGAAUUUGAAUGAUUGGCUAAUCGCUUUUUUCCAACUAAACCGGCAAACUGCCCUGCUUUUCUCAGGCAUAAAGUGACUAUGAUAUCUCCUAAUAUUUUGGAACAAAAUGCUAUACCCUAUAAUAAAAUCACACAGGAGAAAGGGGAAUUCAUUAUAACGUUCCCCUUUGGAUAUCAUAGUGGCUUUAACUACAGAUUUAACAUGGCUGAAGCUAUACAUUUUGCAUCUCCACGUUGGGUGGAGUAUGGGAUAAAAGCUUCACUGUGUCAUUGCCGUAAAGAUUCAGUGAAGAUUUGUAUGGAUACAUUUAUUAAACUAUAUUUUAAUUCCGUAUCAUGAAAUAAACCUUAUAUAAAUAAACACGGAAGACAUGGACUUGUAUAGUAUUAACUGUAUACAUGUUGGAAAUCGAAAUGCAUUGUAUUCAAUACCUCCAGAAUAUGGACACGAAUUUGAAUUAUUGGCUAAUCGCUUUUUUCCAACUAAACCGGCAAACUGCCCUGCUUUUCUCAGGCAUAAAGUGACUAUGAUAUCUCCUAAUAUUUUGGAACAAAAUGCUAUACCCUAUAAUAAAAUCACACAGGAGAAAGGGGAAUUCAUUAUAACGUUCCCCUUUGGAUAUCAUAGUGGCUUUAACUACGGAUUUAACAUGGCUGAAACUAUACAUUUUGCAUCAUCUCCACGUUGGGUGGAGUAUGGGAUAAAAGCUUCACUGUGUCAUUGCCGUAAAGAUUCAGUGAAGAUUUGUAUGGACACAUUUAUUAAACUAUAUUUUAAUUCCGUAUCAUGAAAUAAACCUUAUAUAAAUAAACACGGAAGACAUGGACUUGUAUAGUAUUAACUGUAUACAUGUUGGAAAUCGAAAUGCAUUGUAUUCAAUACCUCCAGAAUAUGGACACGAAUUUGAAUGAUUGGCUAAUCGCUUUUUUCCAACUAAACCGGCAAACUGCCCUGCUUUUCUCAGGCAUAAAGUGACUAUGAUAUCUCCUAAUAUUUUGGAACAAAAUGCUAUACCCUAUAAUAAAAUCACACAGGAGAAAGGGGAAUUCAUUAUAACGUUCCCCUUUGGAUAUCAUAGUGGCUUUAACUACGGAUUUAACAUGGCUGAAACUAUACAUUUUGCAUCAUCUCCACGUUGGGUGGAGUAUGGGAUAAAAGCUUCACUGUGUCAUUGCCGUAAAGAUUCAGUGAAGAUUUGUAUGGACACAUUUAUUAAACGUAUAUAAUAUUAUUAUUUGUCAAAAGGCAAAACUAAUGUAGA